GCCAGUUAUGCCAUGGCUCCUGAGACUUGAGAGAGGGGCGUUACAGAAUUCAAAUCCCAUCCGCCGAACCGUCCAAUCGUCGCGGAUUUGAAAAGACGAAGGUUAUUAGAGCCGCAUUGACUGUUGUUUCAGCAGCAUUCACGCCGCUAGUAUUCGAGCUUUUGACAAGAGGAAUCCUGAACGAUUUUCCAUGAUGGCGGCAAACUCGGACCAGCCUCCUCCCUCUAUCUCUCGCUCCGCAGCUUUCACGGAAAUUCCACUCCCGGUGCCGCCGCUAGCCGUUCUAACUGAAGAUCUCUUCCGCGACCUUACAGACCAAUUCGCGGCUACUAGACUCACCAGCGAACCGAGAGUCAGGGACGGAAGCACUGAUGCGAGGGACGGAUCGAUAGAUGCUGGGGGAAGGAGAGCCAGGGAAGCAAGGGACGGAACCAGUGAUGGCCGAGAUAUGGAGGGAAGGGCAACCCAGGAACCGAAAGGCGUGUCGAGCGGCGAGAGCGAGUCAACGAUCAGUGCAGCGACGGCGGCAAGGCUCGUUUCUGAUUGCAGCCUGGGAUGGUUCGUGGAACCCCAGGAGCUCUGCCUUUCACAUUUGUCUGCCACACCACUACUGCCCCUGCCAGUCGUUCUUCUAUGAUGCCGUGUCUCGAAACGAACAGCUCAUGUGCAAGCACUUGCUCGCCACUCGGAUGGCCGAGUCCCUCAAGUGUUACAGUGUUGCUCAUGUCAGCGAUGGCGCCCUGUGCUUGGCCCUGUCUCAAAUGUAACUAUCGUGCUGGCAUGUGAUACUCGGCUGACAGAGCCCCUCAGGUGUUUGGGCGUGUUCCUGCGGCCUCUACCCAGACUCGCCCCUUCCCAAACGCGUGAGCUACUGUACAGAGCAAUUUGACGCGAAUUGAUUCAAUGCAGUUCAGUGCAGUGCACCACGAGUCUCGAAAUGGGGUGGAUGUGGGAAGAGGCUGUAGGAACACGCUCUUACGGUACAACGUUGCGCAUGUCAGCCACUGUGCACUGCGCCUUACGUUUUCCGAAAUGUAACUUUGAUCAUGUCACCAUGUGUAUUGCACUCUGUACAUAUCGAGUACGGUACUGAACUGAAGGCUCUCAACUCAAUGACCCCACCUCCAGCAGCAUUGUUUGAUGCAAGCACUUCUCAGAGUAGCGAGAUGUUUUAGAAAGAUGAGUACUGAGUACUUUUACCUACUAUCUGGAAUUAAGACUACCGUCAACUAUGACUGGUUCAUCACCAGCACCAUCUGCUGGAUCAGUUACUGGGACUACUGGAGCAUAUGCCUCCACUACCGCCGCUGCAACAACAACAGCAGUAUCAGCAACCACAGCAAGUACAGCAACAGCAACAGCAAUAACAGCAGCAGCAAUAACAACAACAACAACAACAACAACAACAACAACAACAACAACAACAACAACAACAACAACAACAACAACAACAACAACAACAACAACAACAACAACAGCAGCAGCACAACAACAACAACAACAACAACAACAACAACAACAACAACAACAACAACAACAACAACAACAACAACAACAACAACAACAACAACAGGAACGGUACAUAUCGAGUACGGUACUGAACUGAAGGCUCUCAACUCAAUGACCCCACCUCCAGCAGCAUUGUUUGAUGCAAGCACUUCUCAGAGUAGCGAGAUGUUUUAGAAAGAUGAGUACUGAGUACUUUUAC